UAUUUUCAGCUAGGCCCAGAAAAAGCCCGUUGAAUUGAAUAAAAACUGUUAUAAAAAUUGGAAACCCUAAUUCUAUCCCCGCCACCCCUUGUCGUGAAAAAAGCUAGAAGGUAUUCCUACACCUUUUGAGUAGCAACGAUGGCGCCGGCGAAGAAGACCAAGAAGACUCACGAGAGCAUUAACAACAGGCUGGCCCUUGUCAUGAAGAGCGGCAAGUACACACUCGGUUACAAAACCGUUCUUCGUACUAUCAGAGGUUCCAAAGGGAAGCUUAUUAUUCUAUCGAACAACUGCCCACCUCUGCGUAAAUCCGAGAUUGAGUACUACGCAAUGCUUGCCAAAAUAGGAGUUCACCACUACAACGGAAGUAAUGUUGAUCUUGGAACUGCUUGUGGCAAGUAUUACCGUGUCUCCUGCCUUAGCAUUAUCGAUCCAGGUGAUUCUGAUAUUAUCAAAUCGCUUCCCGGUGAUCAGUGAUUUUUGUGUCAUUGAGAACGUUAGUUUAUUUAUUUUCUUUUGCACCUUUUCUUUUCAGCAAAGGUAAAAGUUGCACUGAUUUUAAAGUCCCCAGAGUAGCUACCAACUUUAAGCAUUAAAAUUGUAUUGUUGAUAACCAGAUUUUGUCAAUGUCUUUGAGGUUUUAUGUAGAAUGCUCAAGUAGUUUUAUACCUAUUUAUGCAUAAACAAUUGAGAAUCCAAAAUCUCCUUUUGCCUUCCAAUUACAAGAUUGUUUUAGUUCGAAAA